UAUUCAAUUUCCUAAGUAAACAGUUCAUGCACAAAAUGAAUAUAUUGCGCAGACAAUAGCAAACCUGUAUAAAAUAUCGUUUAAUAUAAGUGUUCAUGUGUGAGAACGUGCAUAUAGGCGUUGGAAGAAUGAAACAUAGACUACUGCGGACAUAGGACAAUAUACUGAAAUGGGUACUGGCAAUUCAAAAGACAGUCAUACGACAAACUUUGACAGACGAGAUUCUAAAAGGAAUAGCAAGAAAAAAGCAAAAAUGGAAAUUCAAGAUGAGCAAACGGAGAUUAAAGAAAAAUGCCUGAGAAAUCUAAGACAAAUGUUAGCUCAGCAUGUAGAUAAACUGGACAAUAGUGAUAAAACAACAGAGAUAAACAGCCUUCUGGACAUAUUAGAAGAACAGAAAACUAAAGGUAUCAGUUACGACACGAACGGAGAAGUGACGGAGGCACAGCAAUUUAGGGAAACAAUAGAACGAAUCGAAGUUGUUUUGAAAGAAUCUAAGGAAUUCCCUCAGCGAUUAAAAGAUUCAUUUAAAGGUGUGACAAAUGAUAUUUACACGUGUGUAGCAGAAAGUAUACAAGAACACAAUCAACUGUUUAAAAGGAAGACAAGUAUCAGAAGGAAAAAUAGUCGAGCAAAAGAACCAAGACAUCAAACUGGCGUUUCAGCCACAGUUCAGAUAUUCUACUCGCCAGAAGGAAUAAUGAAUGACAUACAAAAGGUUCUGCAAACAACCUUGAGAAGCGAGUCAGGAGCUGUGAAGUUUAUUCCUGUAUGCGACAAAUCCAAAAUUGAUGACAACAUGUUGUUAAUCAUUACAUGCCAUGUAUCAUCAAGGGUUGUUUCGGAUGCAGAACAUGCUAUGAAAGAUAUCACAAAUCCAGCCAAUGCGAUCCUCUUGUUAAUACAUGUCGGUGAGGCACACACAUUUUCAGAUACAAGCAGUUCUUUACAUUUGACAGGGAAUGAAUUUAAGCAUCUGCGAGGAAUUUAUGACAUGUUCUUUGUGAAAAAUAAUAAGGACUUCCUUAGAUGUCCUAUGAACGAAAACAGUAUCAAAGGACUGUGUAUAUUCUGCAAAGAGCUUCCAGACAGUGCAAAUAUUGAAAUUACGAAAUUUUAAAGUUCUAACGAAUAAUGUAUUAUGGCCCUGUCACACUAGACUGCGCUUUCACUGCAUUUGAACGGCAUUGUUAAAUGAAACAAAGCGCCGCGAGACCGCAAUUAAAAUGCAUAUUUUUGAUGACAUGGAUACUUCACGGCGUCCUCACGGCGAUCAUGGCGAUGCUACGAAGCUUCCACGGCGUUUUAAAUGACGAUUGUCUGCGUUCGGAAUGCGCUUCUACUACGUUCUUUGCGCUUCCACUGCGCUUUUUCGACGCUCACACGGCGCUCAUGUUGCGUUAUAAGAGAUGUUAUGGCGCACUUGCUGCUAUCCCAUUGCGCUCUUAUCAGAACGCCGGGUGACGGCGUUUGUUUUUAGCAUGUUAAAAAUGCGCGCCGUUGAUCGGCUUUCUAUUCGAUGCCACUUCGAUGUUGUGGCGAUGUUGCGGCGAUGUUUGUGAUCUAACUGCGCUUAUCUCGGCGUUCUGAAUUUACUUUUGACGCCGUGAGAACGCCGCCCUAGUGUGACAGGGGGUUAAAAUUGGGCAGUCGAUCACUCAUGUCAUAUAUGAAAGCGUUUUAUAACAUUUUUUUCGUGCAUGUGCACAGUAUGGUAAAAUGUUAUCCAAGUAAAACUACUUGAAAACCUUAUGGUGUACAAAGCUACAUCUCUGCUUAUUACUUUCAGUCAUUCCUUAUUCGUAUUAUUUUAUCGACAACAACAACAUUGCCGCAUUCAAUCUUUAAUUGAAAAUGACUUCAAAUCAUGAAAGGAUUAAAAACAAUAAAAACAAGUAACUCUUUCAAUAUUUACCGUUGGCUAAUAAGAUUGCAAAUAAAAAAUACAACAAUGGUAACUUCUUGUUCUUGAUGACUCUCAAUUAAGUUUGUAAACCGUUUUUUAAAUGUAUAAAUCAUUGUUUAAUUACUAUUAAAUGUAUAUUAACAUCUCCUACACCCUGAGACACCCUACCCUGACUGAUUCAUCCUUCAGUUAAGUGAAAUACAUUACAUACUUUAUCCGUGAUGUUGCAUUUGAUUUUAAUUCUAGAUUUUUACUCACAAGGUCAAACAAAACUUUCACAUAUUUUAAAACUGGUUACUUAAUUUUAUCAAUGAGAUUCAUGUAACUGAAAUGCAAAGAAAUGUAAUUAGCUCUUUUCGUGUACUGUUUGGAGAGAUAACUCAGACACUAAAUCACAUAUUUUUUGCAAUAUCUUAAUUACCUCCCUGUAUAUUCUAAAUAUGGAACCACCUUAACAAAGUUCAGUUCAAAGACUUAACACUACACUACAAAAAUUAUGUAUGAAAAUGGAAUCUGGUACUUCUUUAAGGUCCUGAAUGAGGAGUCUUUUUACCCUAAAACAGUAGAUAAAGUCGACACUUAUUUUUUGUCAGUAAAAAGUGACUGGAAAAUCUGCAUCAAUAAUAUAUGUUUUCAUCUUAAAUGUUUCAUCUAUUUUUUUGUGAAUAUUUAAAAGUUUAGGUUAUUUGAAAAACGUUAAAACGUUUACCAAAUUAUAAAAAAAAACCAUCCUAUUCUCUCCUGCUCCUAUACUUUUAGGUGACUAUGUGUUUGUUGAAAGACAAACUUAUAACAAUUAUAUUUAUCAAGUGUCGGGGUUAUCUAUGCCUCGGAAUUAUCUCUCCGACCGGUAUAAACAAUGCCUUAAAUAGUUGCCAGGAGAGUAUUUCAAAAGACAUAUAAAAAGAUCUACCUACAGUUAAAAUAAUUCAAGGUAUGUUAAGGUUUCAACCAUUUCAAGAGAUUUACCUUUAUAUUGUCUGAGUUUACCACCCUUUUCAAAAAUCAUAUUAAAACUUUUGUCUUCGUAAAUUAAGAUUUAAUUAAUAUAUAUCAAACAUUUUACUUUUCGUAAUCCUUCUUUGCUUUCAGGCAAAAUCAUUUUUAGCUCGACUUUUCUAUGAAAAGGGGAGCUAUCCUACUCGCCCCGGCGUCGGCGUCGGCGUCGGCGUUGGCGUCACACCUUGGUUAAGUUUUUCGUACCACCCCACUUUAUUUCAGAAGUAUUACAAGUAUGGCUUUGAAACUUACCAUACUUGUUCACCAUCAUAACCUCCAUCUACAGACAAGAGUACAUAACUCUGUCAAGGUUUUUGACAGAAUUAUGGCCCUUUUUUGACUUAGAAAGUGUAUUGAGCUUGGUUAAGUUUUUUGUACCACCUCACUUUAUUUCAAAACCAUUGGAGGUAUUGCUUUGAAACUGACCAUACUUGUUUACCAUCACGACCUUCAUCAACAGACAAGAGGACAUAACUCUGUCAAGGUUUUUGACAGAAUUAUGCCCCUUUUUGACUUAGAAAAUACAUUGAAUAUGGGUAAAAUCCACUUAUUGCCUUAACCCUUUGAGAUAUUGCUUUGAAACUUUUAAUGCUAUUUCACAUCAUUACCCCCAUCUGUACGCAAGAGAAGGUAACUCUGUCAAUGAUUUGUUUUAAAAAUUAAGGCCUUUUAUCGACUUAGAAUCUUGGUUAAGUUUUUAGUACCAGUCCACUUUUUGACUGAACUGUUUGAGAUAUUAAUUUGAAAGUUGGAAUACUUGUUUACAAUCAUGAUUCCCAAACAUGUCCAGGAGAAGGUAAUUCUGUCAAAGAUUUUAUUUGAAUUAUGGCCCUUAACUGUCAAUGUUUUGUAUUAUAGGCAAGCACUAAAAAACUUAAAAAAUCUAAAAAAAAUUCAUUCCUAUCCACUUGUUCACUUUACCAUAAAUUAUGUCAUAUAAACAUUGCUGUAAUAUUCAAGGGUAUCAAACAACUAGUUCACUUUAAAAAUACAGAGAUUCUUGUAUUGCCUUUUACUGCAAAAACUUUUUUUAUUGGCAAGCAAUAAAAAAGUCGAGCGCGCUGUCUUACGGACAGCUCUUGUAUUAUCUGCUU